UUUACUUAAUAUAUCAUAUCACCUUUCCCUUUGCUCCCUUCUCUCUCUCACAAGCUUCACUCAUGGCCAUUCUCAAACUUUACUCUCUCUGCAUUUUCCACUGCUUCUUCUUCUUCUCCACAACACUCUUAACCACCACUGCACUUAACCAGUCUCUGCCUUCAUCAGAUGUUCAUCUUCUUUUAACAAAAAUCAAAGCUUCACUUCAAGGUAACACUGAAAAUCUCUUACUUUCUUCAUGGAAUUCUACUGUUCCUUUAUGCCAAUGGAGAGGACUUAAAUGGGUGUUCUCUAAUGGCUCUCCUCUUGCAUGUGAUGACAUUUCUGGACCUGAAUGGACUAACUUUUCUUUCUAUAAAGACCCAUCUUUGCACUUGCUGUCUCUUCAGCUUCCUUCUGCUAAUCUCACUGGCUCACUUUCUAGGGAGCUUGCUGAGUUUUCUAUGCUUCAAAGCUUGUAUCUUAACAUUAAUUCUAUGACUGGUACUAUUCCUCUUGAACUUGGUUAUAGCUCUUCACUCUCUGAUAUUGAUUUGAGUGGUAAUUUGUUUACUGGGGUUUUACCUCCUUCUAUAUGGAAUCUGUGUGAAAAGUUGGUAUCUUUUAAGGUUCAUGGUAAUUUGUUAUCUGGGGUUCCUCCUGAACCUGCAUUGCCUAACUCUACUUGUAAGAGUCUGCAGUUUCUUGAUUUUGGGAGUAAUAAGUUUUCAGGGGAUUUUCCUGAGUUUUUGACUCAUUUUCUAGGGGUUAAGGAGCUUGAUCUUUCGAAUAAUGUGUUUUCGGGUUCGAUUCCUCAGGGUUUAACUGUGUUAAACCUUGAAAAAUUGAAUCUUUCGCACAAUAACUUUAGUGGGAUGUUGCCGGUUUUUGGUGUGUCAAAGUUUGGAGUUGAGGCUUUUGAAGGGAAUGAUCCUAGUCUUUGUGGGAUACCUUUAAGAAGCUGCGGCGGGAGUUCGAGAUUGGGUUCGGGUGCGAUUGCUGGUAUUGUGAUAGGGUUUAUGACUGGUGCUGUUGUGUUGGCCUCAUUGUUGAUUGGUUAUAUGCAGAAUAAGAAGAGGAAUGGUGGGGAAGAUAGUGAAUUUGAAGUAGAGGAGGAGGAAGAUGAGGAAAAUGGUGGAAAUGGCGGUGAAGGGAAGUUGAUUUUGUUUGAAGGAGGUGAGCAUUUGAUGUUAGAGGAUGUUUUGAACGCGACGGGGCAGGUGACGGAGAAGACUACUUAUGGGACUGUGUAUAAGGCAAAGCUUGCUGAUGGUGGUACAAUUGCUUUGCGAUUGUUGAGAGAAGGCAGUUGCAAGGAUAGAAAUUCGUGUGUAACAGUGAUAAAGCAGUUAGGAAAGAUUCGGCAUGAGAAUUUGAUUCCUUUGAGAGCAUUCUACCAGGGGAAGAGAGGGGAGAAGCUACUCAUUUAUGAUUAUCUUCCGAACAAAAGCCUUUAUGAUCUUUUACAUGAAACUAAAGGAGGAAAACCAGCAUUGAAUUGGGCUAGGCGCCAUAAGAUUGCUUUGGGCAUAGCUAGAGGACUCUCAUACCUUCAUACGAGCCUUGAGAACCCAAUAACACAUGGAAAUGUGAGAUCAAAAAAUGUGCUUGUGGAUGAUUUUUUUGUUUCCAGGCUAACGGAAUAUGGGCUCGACAAGUUAAUGGUUCCAUCCGUGGCCGAUGAAAUAGUAGCACUUGCAAAAACCGACGGUUACAAAGCCCCGGAGCUUCAAAGGAUGAAGAAGUGCAAUUCCAGGACAGAUGUUUAUGCAUUUGGAAUACUUUUGCUUGAGAUUUUGAUAGGAAAAAGACCCGGGAAAAUUGGGAGAAAUGGCGGUUUUGUGGACUUGCCGGCAAUGGUUAAAGUGGCGGUCCUCGAGGAAACCACAAUGGAAGUUUUUGACGUGGAGAUUUUGAAAGGGAUAAGAAGUCCAAUGGAAGAAGGGCUAGUUCAGGCACUGAAACUUGCAAUGGGUUGCUGUGCUCCAGUACCUACCGUUAGACCUACGAUGGAUGAAGUUGUGAAACAGUUGGAACAGAACAGACCGAGAAACAGGUCCGCAUUAUACAGUCCAGCUGAAAGUAGAAGCGAAAUCGGUACACCUUUUUAGUUAAGUCAUUUUCAACAUAAAGUUUAGCUUGUUUUUGUUAGUCAUUUCACUCUGGCAGUAAUAGCUGAUGAUGGUUGUAUUGGGAGUUCAUUAUAUUUAUGUAUGGCAUAAUUCAAUUCUUAA